UCACUUGAGUUGAUCCAAGAUCAGAAUCAAGUUUGGGUUGGAAAGGACCUUACAGAUCAUCUCAUUCCAAGCCCUGCCAUGAGCAGGGACACCUUCCAGGUUGCUCAGAGCCCCGUCCAGCCUGGCCUGGAUGCUCCUGCCCUGCCCUGUGCCUCCAGGAGUGUGACCCCCUCAGUGCUGGGGCACCCCACAGCUGAGAUGGUGGCCUUCAACUGGAAGGCUCUGGAGUACUUCCCACUGCUGAUGUACAUUUUGGCAGCUAAAACAUUGAUCCUUUGCUUGGCCUUUGCUGGAGUCAAAAUGUACCAGAGCAAGAAAAUCGAGGAGAAGCUGAAGAGGGAACGUGAAGAGAAGCUGAAGGCAGAGAAGAAGGAUGAGUGAAGAGUGCCUCAGGUGUGGAAUUGAUCCCAAUCCCUGAGUUUGGACAAUGGCAUUGUUAAUCCCAGUGGGAUUGAUUUGGGAUGUGCAGUUAGACCUGGGCUCUUGGAAUAUUUGGGAUUUGCUCCAGUUCUUUGUGGGAUUUGAAUGAACCACUGUCCUGUCUGAGGGUGUUUGAGCACAAUAUUCCCUCUCUGGUUUUAUCUGCCUGGGAUUUUGGGCCUGAUGCACAAAGAGGGGGAGAAAUUGGGAAUAACUGCAGGGAAGCAGCCAGGCAGGGUGCUGCAAUCAGAGCUCUGGGCCUGAAGUCACAGAAUAAAGAGAGAAAAUAAUCUGC